CUCGAGCGGCCCUGGAGUAGAGAACCAAAGAAACAUCGAUCGUCAAAUGGAGGCGGACCGACCAAGCGGAACGGCCUCGGAUGCGACUGGGGAAUCGCCUAUUCAGAAUACGUACACGUUCUGGUACAUGAAAAAGAACUCGGGCAAAGCGUUGGAAGACCAAGAAAGCUACGAGAAGAGCAUCAAGGAGAUCGCAGAGUUCCGUACCGUGCAGGGUUUCUGGCGCGUAUACAACCACUUGAUUCGACCGAAUGACUUGCCCAACACAACGGAUUACCACUUGUUCAAGGCUGGCAUCAAGCCGAUGUGGGAGGACUCGGCCAACCGCCGCGGCGGCAAGUGGAUGAUCCGUAUACGCAAGGGCAUUGCGUCGCGCUACUGGGAAGACUUGGUGUUGGCGAUCAUCGGCGAGCAGUUCGACGUCGGGAACGAGAUCUGUGGUGCUGUCAUGUCCAUUCGAUACAACGAGGACAUCAUUUCGCUGUGGAACCGCAAUGCCGACAACAACGAAGCUUGUUACAGAAUACGCGACACGAUGCGCAAGGUGCUCAACUUGCCGCAGUUCGCCUCGCUCGAGUACAAGCGCCACGACACAUCGUUGAACGACAACUCAAGUUUCCGAAACACGACUGUGUGGCGCAACGGCGAGAAAGGGCGCCUUGCGGACGAUGGCACUCCGAUGUCGCCAUCUGCCAACGCCGGGAAUGCUUCUGGCGGGAGCCAGCAGCAGCAGGCGCGGCAUCACAACAGUCAGUCGUCUCAGCAGUCCCGAGGAGAUCGAUCGAGUGGAUCGAACCGCAGCGGCAACAACCGACGCGACAAUUCCCGCAACACGGGUGCGUGGACGCGCGACACGACGAUCCGUGAAAAGAAGGACCGCGCGAGCAGUUUUGUGCGUAACGACUCGUCCACGGCUGCGGAAGAUGUAGCCCUGCAAUCGUAGAACGACAAGAAGGGUAGAAAGACAAGCCGCACGAACGAGAAUCUGGUUGAUCAUGCAUGUGCUCGUGAAUGCAGGACGCCAUGGAUGGAUAGAGAAAUCGUACAUAGUCAACUGUAUUCUUGGGCACUUUAAGGAUGGACGCGACACCGGCCUCCCU